UCCAUUUCGUUCUCAACAAAGUUUUGUGUUCAAUCGAGGCUCAGAGACGCAAAAAUGCGUCGUCUUCUUGGAACGAUCGAGGCCGAUGUAGGCAGCCGACAAGCGGCGAUUGACUAGUAGGGUAUGAAAAGUGGAUUUUUUCUGCCGCAAAUGCCACCGGCACUGCGACAGGGUAGUACAAGAACACAUGAUGAUCCUUCGAGUAAUAUAGCAAUCAUGUCUGCAACGUCGACUGUUGGUUCGGGCGGUGUGCCGCCGUGGGUGUUUGGUGUAGCCCUCCAGAAUGCAUCAUCCUUUACGUGCACGCUGGGCUUAGUUUUGCAAAAAUGGGCGACUUCACGGGGAACUGACGUUGUGCGGUGGGUGUGGGCUUUCGGCUUCGCACUCUUUAUUCUCGGCCAGCUGCUGAUGCCUCCUGCCUUAACAAUGGCGCCGCAGUCUGUCCUCUCCUGCCUAACGCCAACAACGCUACUCUUUAAUUCAGUACUACGCAUAUCACGUCAUAGACGAAUACUUAUUAUAUAUUGAUUCUAGUAUUUGACUUUGUGUUACGUGUAGUUUCCAACAUAUUGAAGUUUUUUCUCAGGCUUAAUGAUCAUGGAGGGCUAGGCAUAAGCUGUAUGAUGACUAUCGCCAUGGUAUUUUUUGAUACAAACUACACGCGAUUGCUCUCGACAAGAAUACUAGCAAUUUACGAAGUAGUAAAAAGUAACAGGAAGUUAUUAAACUCGCGAUGCUGUUGUAAUAUAGGUGACGUCCAUAUACUCAGAUACCGACACCUAACCUACCAGUUUUUGACACCAUGUAUUUUGUCGGAGCGGUUCACAGCCUUUCACGCGUUGUCAAUCCUCUUUAUCUUCGUGGGAUGCGUGGUAACCGUGCGCUUUGGUAUGCAUCCCGAAGCUGUUGGAGUGGAGAGUUUAGAUUAAGGCUACCAAGCGAAAACCAAAAUGCUGCAACCUGCACCCCUACAGCUCUACAGCUACAACAACAUAUCAUGUACGUUAAAGAUACGGCAACUACACGAUGCUACAAGUAGCUGCUAGCACUACUUCUAGCAUUUGAUGAUCCUGAUGAUUGACGAAGAUGACUUCUCCAGCAGUUUUAGAGAUUAUUCAUAGCAGAAAGAUGUUCAUCCAUCGAAAUGAACCAAGUACAGCAUGGGUGGGGUACUUCUGGUUCACUCUAAUUGGCUCUGAAUCGCACACUGUACCUUGGUACUAGACCCCUCUUUUUAGCACUGGUCCUGGCCUCCCUUCUGGUCGCAGUGAGCGUCGCGCGACCCGUCCUUUCCUGGCGUCUGAGCGGGAAGCCCGUCGCUGCCUUGGCGCAAAAGGUGACUCCAUUGCAAUUGAUCCUUCUGAGCACGAUUUUUGGCGCAAUAUCGGUCACAAACACGAAGAUUGUGUCCACGCUCUUUGCGGAUGGGUUCCUUGCCGCGAGACCGACGAACGGAAACUCAGUGGAAAGCUCGCUUCUUCCACACCCGACGUCGACUUCUCCGGGGGAUACUUCAUCAGUUGCACGAAACGUGGUGCUGGAUCCACAAGCGGGUGCGAAUGUUCAGGGAGCGUUCGAGCAGCGACCACGCGGAAUCGUCGCUGCAGAUUCUGGCUUGUCGAUAGUGACUGCCGCAGGAGCGUCUUCGAGUACGUCAAUUGAACAAGCGGCGACAACAAGUAGCAAUCCCCUUGCUUGGCUAUUUUUGACACCAACGGGGCUCAGCGCGCUCGUGCUCAUUCUUUUUGGAAUUGCUGGCGUCGCGGUUUUUUCUAUCUCGCUGCUGAAUCUCUCAAUGUUUCUCUUCAGUAGUCUUACGACAGUCACUCUAAACUGCGCUUUGGGCCUCGUGAUGCAGCUGAUCUACGGAGCAGUCUAUUUCGAAGAGUACAAAUUUUAUUACGGCGGCAUGAUGGCGAAACAGGUUUUGAAAUUACCGCUUCCUUUUACCUUCUCACAAAGUCUCUACCAAGCCUCCACAGAGUAAAACGCAACACUUCGAAAUUUUGUGGCGGUACUAGCCAUUACGUGGUCGGUGCGAGAAAAACAUUAUUAUAAAUAUAUUUAUAAUAUAUGUACCUGAUAUAAUCGGUUACGGUUCUCUUGUUGUACAGCACGCAUGCACGAAGUAGAGGACCUGUUGGAGAACGACCUCUUCGUAGGCUAUUUUUCUCGACUUCUAAUUCUAUACGAUGAGCACGGCUUCUGCGACACUUUGUGGCAUUUGCUUUUCGCUGCUUGGCAUGGGGUGUUUGUAUUUGCAGGGGAAAAACGAGGAGGGCCAGCCUGACGGUCAGUCGUUACUCUCGUUGCAGUCUGGCAAUGUUGAUGAUGAGAAAUCAGCGUCCACCUCUCGUGAAGAUAGCAGGAUAAGUAUGGAGAUUAUGGGUGGGGGCGGUGGCACUCCAUCUUCCACGUCUUCCAUCCUCUGUUCAGCAGUUUCGUCGUCCCCUACACAGUCCCGCGGUGUCUUUGCGUUGGACGCAUCAGCUCCAUCACGCAGCUCAGCCUGUCAAGUUCGUCUCUCGUCGGGUAUGGAAGACGAUGCGCCCACCACCAGUUUCUCGAAAUUGGUGGAUACGGAAGACCCCUCAAGUUAAGGUCAACAUUUAGUACACCCCAGUACAUCUCUUAAGUUGGUAGAUACGGAAGACCCCUCAUACUAUCUUGUUUUACCAGUGGUAAAGGAUGAGCACUAAGACGCAUGAUGAUGGUGAUGAUAAGGUCAAUAGUAAGAGUCCAUCUCUCUCGGCAUCUUAGCGCCCUUUUGUUCCCUUGUAUUUAUUCAUGGGGAACAAAGGGGUCGAGAUGAGGGGAUUGAGAUGGAUAAAAGCUAAAGCUGACUCUAAUCAAGGACACAAGACCCAAGUGUAGCACCAAAAAAUGUCGGAACUAGACUGUCUUUGUCACGAGCUCUUGUUGUUGGUAGCGUCAGUCGUGGAGGUGUUCCACCAGUAGUUGGUGGCAUUGGGCGCCCGUCCUCUAGCAAUGAGCAGGGGUAUACCAACAUUCCCAACAGCACAUCAAAACAUCACAUCCAUGAUACAACUGAUGGGAGAAAGAAAAACUAGUUCUUGCAAGCCAUUGCUACUUCUACAAAUUCGAAUUACUAAUCAUCUUCCUAUCUGGUUCUUACUUAGGCGCUUCGACUUCCCAGUAUUUAUGCGCAAGACCACGCCUCUGUAGUUGAGAAUACUGCUACUUGUCGUCGUGUCAACUUUGAAAAUAUUGAUUGGUCUUUGUGACGGUACUGUGUUUUCGAUGAAGUAUUUCUUACAUAAAUUUCUGUCCUUUACCGAUCUGUUGCGAAUAAGCCAUGUGACAG